UGCUCAAGCAAACUUGUAAUAGGACUGGUUAUUUGGGUGUCUCUCUUUGUCAUUGUUGCCUCUUACUGUUACAUUGCUUUCUGUGUUGUCUCUGUAGGCCAGAUGUUCUCAGAUGAGUCACAUUGCCCUGACUGUGGAAAAUGGUGGUUCCCUAGUUUAGAACUAGGCCACUGGUUGUACCAAACUGAACUUGUUGCAAAUGAAUGUCACCAAGUAUUCUUGGACCGUAUUAGCAGAGCUGAUUAUUGCCCUGAGUGCUAUCCUGAUAAUUCCGCUAACAGAAGUCUUAUUCUUCCUUGGUCAUUCCCACUGGAGUGGGCUCCCCAAAAUCUGACCAGGUGGACCUUUGAAAGAGCUUGCUAUCCAUUUCUUCUGGGUCCUCCGCUGGUUAGAAAAAGGAUACAUGACUCUAGAGUAGCUGGCUUUAACCCUGCAUUACAGUUAAUCUUGACCAGAACAGAAACAACCUUAAACAAAAAACUUGGCCAAAGCAGUUAACUUCUUAAAUAGUCAAAAUCAUGGCGACUCUAGAGGGUUUUGUACUAGAAGCCCAAGGAAGAUAGGAAAAGGACUCCUUUUAAAUCUGAUCCAGACUGUCACUACUUUGGGGAACUGCUUAAAUUGUUGGAUCUAUUACAAUGGUCUACACCUAUUUUGUCCAGCACGAAUUUAAUCAGUAUUCCAGACAGACUGUUCGUCUAGAACCAGACUAUUUCACGUUCUCUGUUUUGGAAUUAGCUUACCCCCCUUAAAAAGCUCUACAGCCUCAUUAUUGACAAAUGACAAGGCGAGGCCCAUACUGUCUAUAGUAUAAUGAUGUUUCUAGGGAUAAUUUUUGCGGGAAAGCAUCCUCACCGUCGCUUGAUUCUAGGUGAUUCUGGUAAAACAGCUAGACAUCUUAAUAAGAAACGACUUUGUUCUAAA